GCGCAGGGCUCGGAGGCGUCAACGGGAGGAAGAUUCAUCAUCAUCAUCUUCAUCUUCAGGAGCAGCGACGUGGAGCCUCAGAGGAACUUGUGGAGUUUCAGGAUGAAGACGACGACUUUGCUGCUGUUUGGAUUCUUUCUGAGUGUCUGUCAGGCUCAGUCGGAUACGGUUGCCGAGGAGACGGGAGGGGAGGAGGAACACGUGGAGCUCUUCACCACGCCAACAACUAAGAUGGCCGCCGCCACCUCAGACUUCGGCUACAACCUGUUCAGAGCUCUGAGCAGCCGAGAACCCGGAACCAACGUCUUCCUGUCCCCCAUCAGCGUCUCAGCAGCUCUGACUCAGCUGUCCAUGGGAGGGUCGGAUUCAGCCCAGAAGCAGCUCCAUCGGGCUCUGAGGUAUCACAACCUUCAGGACCUUCAGCUCCAUGACACCCUCAAAGAGCUGCUGGCCGCCGUCCGGACGCCUGGAAAAGGUCUGAGCAGCGCCGCCCGGCUCUACCUGGCCCGCCGUCUCCGUCUGAAGCAGGACUUCUUUGCGCUUGUUGAGCAGCAGUACGGCGUGCGGCCCAAAGCGCUGCUGGGCGGAGCCAAAGACAUGAAGGAGAUCAAUGAUUGGGUGUCUCAAGAGACGGGCGGGAAGGUCCAGCGCUUCCUGUCCAAGCCCCUCCCACGAAACUCGGCCGUGAACACCGUCAGCGCCGCCUACUUUAAAGGGAAGUGGGCGACUCGCUUCGGUCAGAGCGGAGUGCUGGAGAGCUUCCAGGUGGACGGAGCUGCCCCCGUCCGAGUUCCCAUGAUGCAGCAGGACAACUACCCGGUGAAGAUGGGCGCCGACUCGGACCUGAGCUGCACGAUCGCUCAGAUCCAGAUGCAGGACGAUGUCAGCAUGUUUGUCUUCCUGCCGGACGACGUGACAACCAACAUGACGCUGCUGGAGGAGAGUCUGACGGCCGAGUUCGUCCAGGAUCUGUCCAUGACGCUGCUUCCUGCCCAGGUGUCGCUGACGCUGCCGACGCUGAGGCUCAGCUACUCCACCGACCUGCUGCCGCUGCUCAGCAACCUCGGCCUCUCUGAUUGGCUCGAUAACCCCGACAUGGAGAAGAUCUCAGCUCAGCCCGCCAAGCUCAGCAGCAUCAACCACAAGGUCAUCAUGGAGACGGCGCCUGAGGGGAACCAGUACCCGGCGACCACCUCGAUGCAGAGUCACCUGACCUACCGAGUGGAUCGGCCCUUCCUCUACCUGGUCCGGGACGAGGCAUCAGGAGCGCUGCUGUUCAUCGGCCGGGUGGUGAACCCCAAAGACCUGAGGAUGUAGCCGGGUCUCCGUCUCUUAGCAGGUCCUAGGAGGGGUUCAGGUGUUUGUGGCGGCAGGAUGUUCGGUUCUGGUUUGAUUUGUACUUUUCAUGUUGAAAUCAUGUUAAUCUGACGGGAAACACGCUGACGAUGCUCCAGAUUUUUUUCUAAGAAAUCAAAUAAUGUCAUCGGUGUUAAAAAAAAUAAACAAACACGACAAUAAAACCAAA